GGUUUUCCUGGACGGAGUGUGGAGUUGGACAAGUUUGGGAAACGUCUCACCUGGAUUCAAGGAUGAUGCUCAAGAAAGUGCGAUUCAAGGAUCUUCAUGCGUCGCAGGGAGCCGUGGACAGCUCAGUGGACAUGGACCGCCUGAAUAGGAACAUGCCUGAGUGUGGACGGCAAACCCACCAGGUGUUACAGAGCACCCCGCUGGACCUGAUUGAAACCGGAAAAGGGCUAAAGUUCCAGGCAGAGCGCCCCCAUCUGGUCAGCCUGGGCAGUGGACGCCUGAGCACUGCCAUCACUCUGCUGCCCCUGCCUGAGGGCCGGACUACUCUGGGUCAUGGUCCCAUGGACAUCAACAUCCAGGGUCCCGGGGUGGCUGCCCAGCACUGCUACAUAGAGAACAGGUUAGGGGUCAUCACGCUGCACCCCUGCGGGAACCUCUGUGCUGUAGAUGGGCUCCAGGUCACGCAGCCUGUCCGUCUGUCACAAGGCUGUAUGCUGUGUUUUGGCCAGUCAAGCUUCUUCCGCUUCAACCACCCUGAAGAAGCCUUCAGGAUGAAGAGCAUGAUGCCCCAGGGAGGAAGUGUCUCCACCGGGGACUACAGAAUAUGUGCAGACACAGAGAGCCUGGUCAAUGGGAAUCACCAGGCCAGUCCAGCCCAGUCUCCCCCAGCUCCUGGAGAGAAAAUCCAGUCUGAGCACAGUGCAAUUGUCAGCUCCAUUGAGAAAGACCUCCAGGACAUCAUGGACUCCCUAGUCAUGGAUGACCCACAACCUUCUUCUUUGGAGGCCAAAAAGCCUCCUGGAGGCCAACCCAUUCCCCAAUCCCCGCUUUCGCCCAUGGUCAAUGGAGGGGGCCGGUAUCUGCUGUCCCCUCCCACCAGCCCAGGGGCCAUGUCUGUGGGGUCCAGCUAUGAGAAUACAUCCCCUCCCUUUUCCCCUCUCUCCUCACCCUCAGCAGCCAGCAGUGGGAGCUUUACCAGCCCGUCUCCUAGUGGAGGACCCCAGGACCAGAGUUCUUCUCUGCCACCAGUGCCUGUACGCUCCUCUAGCUACAAUUUCACCUCCCAGCCUCCGCCUGUACCCCAGCCACGGACCAUACUGCCUAACUUCAGCAGCGGUGGGACUAGCCAGAAGGUUCAGGAAAGUCCCAGGCUGCAGAGGAAGGUCUUAACAGAGACUCCUCCGAGCCCCAAGCCAAGCCGUAGAGGGUUAGGCCAAGAUGGGUCUGAGAGCCCUCGACAGACCCCCCUUCUGUCCUCUAAUGAAUCUCUCAGUAGUAGAAACAUUGUGCCAAGUAGCCCCAGACUCGCCCCCAAAUUCCCUACCUGUUCGUCCCCAUCUCCCUCCAGUCCCAGGACCAAGACAACAACGGUGCUCCAGGAAAGGCCUGCCAGCCCCUUCAGAGAGCAGACCACCUUAGCUGAUCGCUCCCUCACCUCUAGCCCCUCCAGGCAGCUUUCCCAACCCACCAGGGCCUUCCAGCCUCCCUUGGAUCCCAUUGUCCAUGUCAUCCAAGGAUCGCCGCUUCAACAGCAUCCACGUUCGCUGCAGCCCCCUGAAAGCCCUCGCAUGGCCAGGAGGAACCUGGAGCUGAACGGAGGCAGCGGAGCAAGCAGCACUAUGAGAGAGCUGCCCCCUCUUAGCCCCUCCAUGGCCCGGAGAGGGGUCCCAGUACUCCCAGGAGCGCUACCAGGGACAGUCCCCAUCUUAAGGACUCCAGAUAGUCCCUCAAGUCUUGGUAAGCUUGUUCCAGAGAGUCCCAGACUCAGACGAAAGACUGGAUCCACAUCUGAGGAGCCAGUGUGCAGCAGGGGGAUCAGAGCCCGCAGUCCGUCACCUACCUCUGCGAUGAUGGAGGGUGGUGGUGUGGGGGUACGGAAAGCAAGCUUUGGGAAUUCUCUGUCUCCUGCUUACAGUCUGGGCUCCCUACCUGGCUCGUCCCCUGUAGCCAGCCCCAGGACCCAUAGGAAGAUGUCUGCAGGGAGACCCCACCCUGGGAUGAGGGAGAGGAAGAACAGCAUCACAGAAAUCAGCGACAAUGAGGAUGAGCUGCUGGAGUACCACCGACGACAGAGGGAGGAGAGGCUUCGAGAGCAGGAAAUGGAGAGACUGGAGAGACAGCGACUAGAGACCAUCCUAAACCUCUGUGCUGAAUACAACAAAGGAGAGAAUGCCAGUCUGGACCCUCUGGGCUCAGGGAAGACAGGUUUUCCGGGGGCACUGGCAGAUGGUUCUGGGCGGAGACCGUCUGUGGAGAACGUCCUAGGAGGGGCACCGUCUUCAGCUACGCUACGCCUGGCGCAGAGACUGAGGGAGAGCGAAGACGAAAAUCUGAAGGAGGAGUGUAGCAGUACAGAGAGCACUCAUCAGGAGGUGAGGACAUCUCCUGCUCCCAGCACAGCACCAGCACUGCACAAUGGAGACAGACAGCAUGAGGACUCGUCCAGUGCAGGCGGCGCAGGUCGUCUGGAGCUGGGUUACCUGGUGGACGAGAGGGUUCGUGUUCUUGCUCGGAUCGAUGAGCUCAAAACCCGACUGACUGAGCUAGAGCAACAACUCCAGGAGUCCAAACAAGAGGCAGAGAUGGAGCGUGCCUUGCUGCAGGGCGAGAGGCAGGCGGAGCUCGACCAGAUAGAGGCUGAAACGGACAUCAUCACUCAGCUGCAGCACAAGCUGGAUGAACUGGAGAGCGCCAUCCAGAGGGAAAAAGACAAGGAGAGGGCUAAUGUUGAGGCCGAGCGCCGGGCCCUGCAGAGCCUCCAGGAGGGCUACGCUGAGCUGAAGAACCAGCUUCAUAACUGUCCCGAGUCCCUGCGGGAACAGUUGCAGGAACAGCUCAAAAGGGACGGAGAGGCGUUGGAAGCGGGAACCAAAAAGUUUGAGGACCUGGAGUUUCAGCAGCUGGAGAGAGAAAGCAGCCUAGAGGAGGAGAGAGAAACCAUCAGCCAGCAGCUGCUCCAGGAGAGAGCCGAGUACCACAGCAGUGUGGCCAAGAGGAAGGAGAAAGUGUCUGCUCUGGAGAGCCAGGCCAACCAGCUCAGCCUACAGGCGACUCAGGAGUGUGAGCGGCUAGCUAAAGACAGAACCCUGACACUGCAGAUGCUCCAAAAGGAGAAGGAAAGACUGUUGGCCCUGGAGAAGAGAUACCAUAACCUGACUGGAGGAAAGAGCUUCCCCAAAUCCUCCACUGCAAUGAGAGAGGAAAUGCUCCAUAUCAGCGAGGCUGACCUGUUGUUGGAGGAUGUCUACUCCUCCCAGCAUUCCCUCUGUCAAGCCUCUCCUUCCUACUUACAUCCCUCCCCUCCCUGUCAGUUGUACCCCAGCAGCCCUACAGAGGAGUAUAUGAAGCUGUCGGACGUUUAUAAGAUGUACGGCGGUAGCAGCCACUGUGACGGCAGCAAGCCCACCUCACACGGCUGCUCGUUUGCCAUUGAUGCUGCAUUAGCUGGCGCCUGCGAGGAGUAUGUGACAGUGGGCCAGUUAAAUCAGAUGUAUGGGAUGCCAAAGGUGGAAUCGUCCCCUACCUCCCCGCUUCGCCAGCCCCUGCAGUCUGGAGCAGUAGACCCCGCCUUCUCCUGCCUCCCCUCUCCUCAUGGCUCCUCCCUGUCUCUCUCUGUGGAGUACCAGUCUGAGGGCAGCAGGCCUCACCUGCCCAAGCUAGACUUAGAGCAGUGGUACCAGGAGCUGAUGGCUGACUCCAGCCAGCUAUGUCCUCCCCCUCUGCCAGCCAAGUCUCUCUCAGGCCGCAGGCCUGUGCUGCAGGUGUUCCGCUCCAAGCUGGACAGUGAUCCGGGCCUUUCCCUUCAUCAGCCUAAAUCAGGCUCUGCGUCCCCUCUUCAGCACGGAGCAGCAACACUGGGACGCAACACGAGCUCCAAGCAGAGCCCCCUGCUGGUGGCCAACAGCACCGGCAGCCUGCCCAGGAACCUGGCUGCAACCCUGCAGGACAUUGAGACCAAGAGACAGCUCGCUCUGCAGCAGAAAGAGCCCCAGACCUCCAGACAGAACACCAUAGAGGAAAGCUCAGCAGGUCAGCAGGUGAUCGAAGAGCAGCGCCGCCGUCUGGCCGAGCUCAAACAGAGGGCGGCGGCAGAGGCUCAGUGCCAGUGGGAAGCGCUCCACGGCUCUCAGCCCCACCUCAUGACUGCGUCCUCCUCAUCGCCCUCCUACUCCCCCAUCAUGGCCUACAGCCCCACACUGAGCCACAGCUCUAUAGGGCCCCCUCCUCUGGUUCACCACUCCAUCCUGCACCACCAGCCACCGUCAGCCGGAGAGCAGCCCUACGACACGCUGAGCCUGGAGAGCUCCGACAGCAUGGACACCAGUGUGUCCACGGGGAACAACUCAGCCUGCUCGCCAGAUAACAUGUCCAGUGUUGGAGGAGUGGACACGCUAAAGAUUGAGGAGAUGGAGAAAAUGCUGAAGGAGGCGCAGCUGGAGAAAGCCAGACUUAUUGAAUCGCGGGAACGAGAGAGCCUGGCUCGCCGUCAGAUGCUGGAGGAGGAGAGGAGGAGAAGGGAGGAGGCGGAAAAAAGACUACAGGAUGAAACUUUCCACCGGCAGCAGCUAGUGGAGAAAGAGGUCAAGAUGAGGGCUAAGAACUUCUCUCAGGCCCGUCCUAUGACUCGCUACCUGCCCAUUAGGAAGGAGGAGUUCGACCUGCGUUCUCACGUCGAGUCGUCGGGCCACAGCGUGGACACCUGCUACCACGUGAUCCUCUCUGAGAAGAUGUGCAAGGGCUACCUGGUAAAGAUGGGAGGCAAGAUCAAGUCCUGGAAGAAACGCUGGUUCGUCUUCGAUCGUCUCAAAAGGACCCUCUCCUACUACGUUGAUAAACAUGAGACCAAACUGAAGGGUGUGAUCUACUUCCAGGCAAUAGAAGAGGUUUAUUACGAUCACCUCCGCAGUGCCACAAAGAAGGGAUUUUUCAACUUGAAUAUGACCAGUAGCCCCAACCCCUCGCUGACCUUCUGCGUGAAGACCCACGACCGGCUCUACUACAUGGUGGCCCCCUCAGCAGAGGCCAUGAGGAUCUGGAUGGACGUUAUCGUCACAGGAGCAGAGGGAUACACACAGUUCAUGAACUAAGAGACACGUAUACAGUGGUGAGAGUGAAGGUGAGGAGCAUAUAGUUUCGGCAGGGACUCUCCCAUCACAGACUCUACAGGCCCUUCCUGUUUCCAGUCCACAGCAGACACAGCGCCUUGUUUGUUACUCAUUUUUAUCUCACGAUUUGAUUUUACUUUGUAGAUGUUCACCUCCACAUUUUCUACGUGAUUCUGUUUGGAUUUAAAAAGGGAGCCCUUGAAGGACACACACACACACUUACACACCCUAUUGUAUAUAAACCAAAAUGUAUACCUGUCAGAGACUUUUAAAAAGCCUUUCUAUAUUGCCAAAUGGAGAUCUUAUACUUACUGUUUGUUGAAAUUUUGUAUUAUGUUUCAUUUCUUUCUUUCUUUCUCUUUUUUUUUUUACUUAUGGAGAAAAUUGCCAAAUGACAUAUGCCAAUGUUUUGUUUGAGUGUUCCAUCAUGACUAUGCUCAGUUUAUACAGAAAGAGUUUAAAAGACACUUCAGAGGGUGUAAUCAUUUUAGGAGUACAUCUGAAAGAAUCUCAUUCAAAAAGUUGUACAAAUCUAUAAGACAUAAUUGAAAUCAGACAGUCAGCAGGGACUGGAGAUGAUUUAAGAGUCCAGCACGUCUGUCUGUAACUGUGACACAGUAAAACACUGCAUCCUCCAUGUCCACAACAGUCACUUCACCUCAGUGCUGCUUUUAGACAGAAGAUUAACACUAAAUCAAGCGCAGCAUAUCCAGCACGUUAAGGUAUCCAGGGCUACAUCCCAGUCAUAUAGCUCCACAUAGGCUUAUCAAAGAAACUGGAGGUGUUUGGUUAGACGAUAGCUCAGGAGUUCAUUCUGCAGUUCGCUCUGUGGUUCAUAUUAGUAUUGAAGCUGCUAAUAAGCAUUAUUUUCUGCUGUAUUUAGUACAUUUCAAUAACUAAUAUGCUCCACUAAACCCAGAACACACACUCGCUCUCUCGCUCUCUCGCUCUCUCUCUCUCUCUCUCUCUCU